AUGUCAAGAAACAUAGCCUCAGUAAAUAUUUUGCAGCUUGAAAGACCUGGGAAUUCGCAUAAUUUGCCUGUUUCAAAUAAGCAGGAAUACAAAGCCCUUGAGAGAUUCUUAAACAAAGAGCUGUCAUUUGAGUAUAAUAUGAAAAAACGGUUUGCUGCUAUUGGUGGUGCUUCUGUAAGAAAUACUGUUAUGGGAAUGCUCAAAUUUCUUUUAAGAAAUGAGGUGGCGAUGAAAUUCAAUUGGGCUGGAAGUGACAAAAGACCUUUCAAAACUACCAAUAUGAUGAAAGUGAUUAAGGAAGCUGCAAUAUAUAGCUACAGAGGACGGGAUGACCAAGACCUCACAGAUGAAGUGAUUGAAGAAUCAGUGAAGGACUGGUUGAAACUGGCCAAGGCCAGAUACGGUUAUUCUUCAAAUCGAAAACAUAAAUGA